AUGACCCAGCCAACAUCUACACUUCUCGAUACUACCUCCGAAUGGCGCGUCUGGCAAACCCUCUCAAUAAUCUACACUGCCCAACUCAACCGCCAAAUCCGCCGCCGCUGGCUCCUUGAACAAACAUCUAUGAAAGACAAGCCAUUCUCAGAACGCUUUCAACCUCUCAUUCUUCUCGAGCCAACCCCCAUACUCUCAAAACCACCAAGUCCAAUCCCUGACCUCGACCUACCAGCACUUCGGACACGAGUAGCACUCCUCCGAGCACGGGUUGAAAAGGGCAAAGAACUCGCCUCAGAAAUCGAACGACGCAUGCUACAGCCUCGGAUCAAGUACCCCACGCACUUCUGCCAUACAUGCGUUGAGGACGGGGAGAAGGUGGAGGUUUUUCUCACGAAGUGUGGGCAUCGCGUUUGCAGAACUUGUUUGGACUAUGGAAUUGAUGGGGCCUGCGGACUUUGUGACGAGGAGUCCGUUGAGGUCGAGUCCCAGCACUAG